CGACGCUACGACCCCAUAGGCCAUAAUGCGUAUAUGUGCGCUGCGCGUGUGUAUGUCGUACCUACCUAUUGUUUUAAGGGUCACCCAAGUCAUCUAGGCGCGCACGGCAAGACUUAAACCAUAAAUCACCAUAACGUAAACUAUCACAAUAUUUUACUUUGUUGCGUUUACGUUGUAUCGUUGUGUGGCUUCGAAAAUACGCGUCCUGCCAAAUUAUAUAUAGGUUACUACUCUGAUCAACGACCGCGGUGCAGCUUCUCCAUGACCACGAUGUCGUAGCUGCAACAAUAACGAGCUGCACAGGUUAGGUACAGGAAACUUCAAUGUGAAUUAUUUUAUUUAAGUACCUAUUUAUGAUUUAAUAAUUAGGUACGACAUACAUAGGCUCACCACAUGUACCCCGCGUGGAUGGUCAUCGCGUGGUACCUACCUACGCCGAAUAUGUUUACGCUUUUGCAAUAAUUGCAGUUGUCUUCGGCAGAAUUCGAAUAGUAACCGGUUUCCAAACAAUAUAAUAUAUAAUAUAGUCCGGGUACUAAUAAUAAUAUAGUGUGUCAUAUAAUAUCAUUAUUAUUGUCAUCGCAAGCAAAAGAUAACAUGCGGUUAGCAAUAAGUCUGUCAGUUGUGUUAAUAGCGUGCAUGGUGCAAUCGACGUAUAAUUUGGAUUGUGAACAAAAUCAAAAUGGACAGUCCAUGAGUUUUUUUAAGACGAAUGGCGAUCUUCUGUUAACUGGUUUUUUUGAUGUUUACGAUGAGAAAUGCUCGGGUCCUACUUCUACAGGUAUCCAUUCAAUGGAAAUGGUAGCCACCGUUGUGCAAUUAUUAAAUUCAAUUCAUUACAUUCCGGGCAUUACAUUGGGAUUAACUUUGUACGAAGUGUGUUCAUACCGAAGUUCAGACCUCCAAAAAGCGUUGAUAUCGUUUGUUGUCGACAAAGAUUGCAAUAACUCGACAAUACCAAUUGCCAUUUACACUACCGAAGAUAUACGAGCCAAAAUCAGUCCGUCGAUUGGUUUGGAUAUACCUAUCAUAACGGCAGGACCUAUCGUUGACGUAGACGUCCAUGCCGAAGCAGCCGUUAAGUUUCUAGUUGUAAAUAAUAUCAAUGUAGCGGACGUAUUAGUUGCGCAGGAUCUGGAUGUCGCUCAACGAUUUGAAAGUAUAGCCAAAGACAACGAAUUGUGUUUGAACAGUACAGUCUUAGCUCAUAAUUUCGGGAAUUUGAACGACUCCUCAGUAGUUAUUGUUAUGGCGAACAAGAAUAUUAUUAAAUCAAUUAUCGAAUCGUCUUCCACCGUUCGAAUAGCCCAUUUCAUCAUAAUACCACUGGAUGGGCCGUUACCGCCAAAACCAGAUUUUGAGUACGGGUCGUACGUGUUUCAAGCGUAUGGCAGUUGCCCGUUCGUCAACGGCAACAACGACAGCAGUAACAGCAACAACAUUAGCAACAGCAGCCACAGCGGCGUUACUACCGCGGCCCCAGCAGAACAGCUGCAGGUGGUGUCCGCGCAGUUCGUGCAGACGGCCGUGGACGUGCUGCGCGCGGUGGACACGUACCUCGGGAACGUGGUCGACGACGGCGACGACGAGUGCGGCCGGAACUCGUCCACGGCACAGUGCGGCGAGGCGGCGGCAAACCGAUCGGCCGCGAGUUAUUACGACGUAGAGACGGUGGGCCGGGUGCUGGACAGGCUGCUGUUGCUGGACGGCAGCGGUGGCGAGUACAACGUGACGUUGGUGCACGUGACCGAGUACGGCGGCAGCGGCCAAACGGUCGGUGGUUACGCGCAGGACUCGAACGGCACGCGCCGGCUGUGGCUGCAGCGGGACGGCGGCGGCGGUCAGCUGACGUAUCUGGGCAAGUGCAGCGAGACGGACGGGCCGUGUCCAACGUGCCGGGUGCGGCCGACCGCGGCACCGCCCGCGUCCCCGUCGUACGGACCGCUGCUGGUGACGUGGAAGGAGGACGUGUGGAUAGCGUCCGCGCUGACCGUGUCGGCGGUGGGCGCCACGUGCGCCGCGUGCAUAGCGUCGUUCAUACUGGUGCGGGUCUGCAAGAAGGACGUGAUGGAGGGCAACCCGACGUUCACGCUCGUGCUGGUCGCCGGCACGCUGCUCAUGUACGCCAGCGCCGUGCCGUUCGCGGUGCGCGACACCGCCGCCGGUUGGCCGCGGCACGCCGUGUGCUACGCCAAGCUGUUCGGCUCGUCGGGCAGCUGCGCUUUCGUGUUUUCCGCCAUGCUGGCUCGGGGCAUGAUGAUCGCCGCGUGCGACUGCGACUCGAGCUUCAUGAGCCACGUGAACGGUUACCUGCAGACGUCACUGUUCGCGUUCACCGUGGGCGUGCAGCUGGCGCUCAUGGUUCAGUUCGCGGCCAUACACGCCGCCGUCGCGCCGUCGUCCGACCUGUGUCGGGUGUUCGUCGACGGUCCACUGUUCCUGGGCACGAUGUCCUACGACGCGCUGCUGCUGGUGCUCCUGUGCAUCACGUCGCCGUUCGUGUUCCGGUCGAAGCGCAACUACCGGGAGGGCGCGUGCUUCGCCAUCGCCACUUACCUGGUGUCCGCCGUCUGGCUGUGCUGGGCGACGUCGUACGCGGUGCUUCCCAGACGGUGGUCCGACAUGUGCGUGAUGGUCGGCCUGACGGCAACCGCGACCGUGGUCGUGGUCACCGUGUUCAUACCACGCACGUACAUGAUGAUGUUCGGCAUUGUCCGCGAACAGAUCACCAGCUCGCUGCCGUCGCUCGGUUACGGUCACGGUGGCGGCGGCGCUAGCGUCACCGACGUCAACUACCGGAGCACGCAGGCCCUGUACGAUUCGGUUCACGUGGCCGCCCCCAAGUGCCAGUCGUCCAGUUUCAAAGGCCAGUCCAACCCGAACUACUACUCGCCGGCCGGGUCGCAUAUACACUCGAUCCCGAGAAGCCGGCCACUGACUCCGGUCGACGAGUACGACACACCUCCGUCCAUCGACCACAGGAUGACCAGAUUCUAAUACACCAAGUCAUUAUCGAUCCCGAUAAAUAGGUCUUAAAUAACGUGUGACGACACCGUGACUUGACCACGACCCAGUACCGUCAAACGGUGUAAUAGUAUUAUUAUAAAUGGCUCAAAUAACAGUUUAAUAGUCCGUUACAAUCAAAUAUUUAACCGAACUUUGGUAUAAGGUUCAGAGAUCUUUUUAGUUCUUGAUUAAGCUCAUUCUCUCUAGAUGAAUAAAUAAAUCUGUACAAAUAAAAUAGAUGUCGAUGGGUGUUAUUCUUUCCAUUCGAGCUUUGUCCUUGUAUCUUAUAGUUUAUGUAAUAUAAUAUUAUUUAUUGUAUUACUUGUAUACCUAUAGGCUAUAGACUGUAAAUAUUUGCUUAAUUAUAACAAUAAAAAAUGUAAUUAUUUAAUGUUUA